AUGGAGCCGACUACGUCUACUGUGACAUCGACUACAACUCAAGAACCUAGUUCAUCUACUGUGACAUCGACUACAACUCAAGAACCUAGUUCAUCCACGAUUACGUCUACCACCCAGGAGCCGAGUACAUCCACGAUUACGUCUACCACCACUCAGGAGCCGACUACGUCUACUGUGACAUCGACUACCACCAUGGAGCCGACUACAUCUACUGUGACAUCGACUACAACUCAAGAACCUAGUUCAUCCACGAUUACGUCUACCACCCAGGAGCCGAGUACAUCCACGAUUACGUCUACCACCACUCAGGAGCCGACUACGUCUACUGUGACGUCGACUACCAGCAUGGAGCCGACUACGUCUACUGUGACAUCGACUACAACUCAAGAACCUAGUUCAUCCACGAUUACGUCUACCACCCAGGAGCCGAGUACAUCCACGAUUACGUCUACCACCACUCAGGAGCCGACUACGUCUACUGUGACUUCGACUACCACCAUGGAGCCGACUACAUCUACUGUGACAUCGACUACAACUCAAGAACCUAGUUCAUCCACGUUUACGUCUACCACCCAGGAGCCGAGUACAUCCACGAUUACGUCUACCACCACUCAGGAGCCGACUACGUCUACUGUGACAUCGACUACCACCAUGGAGCCGACUACAUCUACUGUGACAUCGACUACAACUCAAGAACCUAGUUCAUCCACGUUUACGUCUACCACCCAGGAGCCGAGUACAUCCACGAUUACGUCUACCACCACUCAGGAGCCGACUACGUCUACUGUGACAUCGACUACCACCAUGGAGCCGACUACAUCUACUGUGACAUCGACUACAACUCAAGAACCUAGUUCAUCCACGUUUACGUCUACCACCCAGGAGCCGAGUACAUCCACGAUUACGUCUACCACCACUCAGGAGCCGACUACGUCUACUGUGACAUCGACUACCACCAUGGAGCCGACUACGUCUACUGUGACAUCGACUACAACUCAAGAACCUAGUUCAUCUACUGUGACAUCGACUACAACUCAAGAACCUAGUUCAUCCACGUUUACGUCUACCACCCAGGAGCCGAGUACAUCCACGAUUACGUCUACCACCACUCAGGAGCCGACUACGUCUACUGUGACAUCGACUACCACCAUGGAGCCGACUACAUCUACUGUGACAUCGACUACAACUCAAGAACCUAGUUCAUCCACGUUUACGUCUACCACCCAGGAGCCGAGUACAUCCACGAUUACGUCUACCACCACUCAGGAGCCGACUACGUCUACUGUGACAUCGACUACCACCAUGGAGCCGACUACAUCUACUGUGACAUCGACUACAACUCAAGAACCUAGUUCAUCCACGUUUACGUCUACCACCCAGGAGCCGAGUACAUCCACGAUUACGUCUACCACGACUCAGGAGCCGACUACGUCUACUGUGACAUCGACUACCACCAUGGAGCCGACUACAUCUACUGUGACAUCGACUACAACUCAAGAACCUAGUUCAUCUACUGUGACAUCGACUACAACUCAAGAACCUAGUUCAUCCACGUUUACGUCUACCACCCAGGAGCCGAGUACAUCCACGAUUACGUCUACCACCACUCAGGAGCCGACUACGUCUACUGUGACAUCGACUACCACCAUGGAGCCGACUACGUCUACUGUGACAUCGACUACAACUCAAGAACCUAGUUCAUCUACUGUGACAUCGACUACAACUCAAGAACCUAGUUCAUCCACGUUUACGUCUACCACCCAGGAGCCGAGUACAUCCACGAUUACGUCUACCACCACUCAGGAGCCGACUACGUCUACUGUGACAUCGACUACCACCAUGGAGCCGACUACAUCUACUGUGACAUCGACUACAACUCAAGAACCUAGUUCAUCCACGAUUUACGUCUACCACCCAGGAGCCGAGUACAUCCACGAUUACGUCUACCACGACUCAGGAGCCGACUACGUCUACUGUGACAUCGACUACCACCAUGGAGCCGACUACAUCUACUGUGACAUCGACUACAACUCAAGAACCUAG